AUGCCGUCCAUUAUUGUGCCUCUGGUAUUUGUAUUUUUAACUAAUUUUCUCAUUCAACCAUCGGUAUGCGUUUUGCCUCCUGAUUUACCAAAUGUUGAGCUUGAUGAUAUUACAUCACUACAAUAUGAAUUUCCAUCAAUGAUUGGCAAAAUGAAAAUGCUUGUAAAUCAACUUCAUUGCCCAAAAGGAUGGGAACAUUUUGGUGGUUCAUGUUAUUAUUUAUCUAAAAUAAAAUCAAUAUCAACUCAAGCUAAUCAAACAUGUAGUACUCUAAAUUCAAAUCUGAUGCAAAUACGAAAUACAAUUGAAUUAUUUUAUGCAUCUUAUAUUUUAACUAAAAAUAAUUUAUCUACAUUAAUGAUUCAUAUCGAACCAAAUUUAUUAAAAGGAAUUUUAACAGAUGAUCAAGAUCAAUGGCAACUUAUGAAAAACAAAUUUCGUAAAUUAUUUAUUCGAGAUUAUAAAUUAAAAGAAAAAUUUAUUGAUGAAUUGAAUGCAGCUGGUUUACGUAUAUCAAAACGUUCAAAAAAAAUAAAACAAACUGUCCGAAAUUCAGAUACUUAUAAUCAUUAUAAUAAUGAACGUAAUGAUGAAUAUGAAUAUGAUAACCUGAAUUUAGCAGAUGAAAAACAAAUGAAUGAUAUUCAAGGAAUAUGCGAUCGAUUAGAAUGGAAUUUUAUAAAUAAUGGUUCUACAGUUUAUAUAUUAAAAACUUCUUUGAUAUCAAAUAAAAUGAUUUGUUCAUUAAGUGAUGUUGAAUCUAAUAUUGAAUAUAAACAUAUUUGUGAAAACGUACUCAAUUUCUGUUUUGAAAAUAACAAAUGUGGCAAACAUGGUCGCUGUAUAAAUACAUUAUCAGAUUUUAAAUGUUCUUGUUCAUUUUUAUACGAUGGUCUUCUUUGUGAAAGAAUCUCAAGCCAAGGUAGACAGAUCAUUAUUGGUCUUAUUGUUAUUUUUGUACUUUAUGGAUUAUCAAUACAACCAACUCGACGAGGACUUGUAUUCAUUGUUAGAGCAUGUAUUAAAUGCCGUUUUAAAAAACAUCAACAUAAAAAACGAAAUAAAGAAAAUAACACUGAAAAUCAUGAAGAGGAGCAAGAACUACAUAAUAUAAAUCAAUCUCGUCAAAUUGUUUCUGUAGAAAAAAGACGAUUAACUUUAUUGGAAACAUCUCCUCGAAAUAAACGUUCUCCUAUUCGAUUAAUUUGGGUUUGUGGAUUAAGUAUAUUCUUUUUAACAUUAUUGCUUUGUCUAACAGCAACAAUACAAUUAACAUUAUUUAAACAUGAUACAGUUAAAUUAGAAACAAAAUGUAAAAUUCUAUCAAAUAAUAAAAUGUCAACUUACGCAUUGGCUUCAUUAGCACUUGCUUUAAUACUCAUUUUUUCUUGGACAAUUAAACGAGAAAACAAAUGUUUACAUUUACGUUUAAUAUCACCAAUUGAACCAUUCCGAAUAGAAAAUCGUUUUACAACAGCAACAGUUUUUGGACUUCUUGCAUUUGAAUUAUUACAAAAAUUUGAAGGAUUGUUAUUUAAUGGAAUGAAUCUAUUAAAUGAUGGUAUACUGACUGCAUUAUUAGAAAUAGUAACUAUUGCUCUUAUUGGAUUGCGAUAUUAUCCCAUACUUGCUUCAUUACAAUUACGUAAUAUUAUUGGACGAUUUUUAAUCUGUUUAUAUAUAUUAGGUAAUAUUAUCUAUACAAUCAUACGAGAAGGAGCAUGUAUGAGUUCUUUACCUAUAUCAAAAUAUGAUUCAAUUUCAAAAGAAACUAAACUUCCAAUAGAACUUAAUACAGAAUUCUUUAUUAUUUUUGGUUUAUUAAAAAAUAUUCCAUAUUUUAUUUUACUUUCAUAUAUUACCGCGGAAUUAUUUGUACGUUUUGCAUAUGAUUCCAUAUAUAUUCCAAUUAAGAAAAAGCAAAGUGUAUGGUCAUCACCUAUUACACAAUCUGAUGAAUAUUCAUUUGCAAAAUAUUAUGUAACAAAAUUAUUUCGAAGAAAUCCUUCUUUUAAUCAACAAGUCUAUUCAAAAGACGAAUCAUAUAUUAAAAAAUGUCUUCAUUCAAUUUAUCAUUGGAAUAACGAUUUUCAUUUUACAACAAUAGCUAUAUGUACAUAUACAGUAGCUAUUAUUUUUCUUUAUUAUUUAUCAUAUACAAUUAUUCUUCGAUAUAUAUCAUUUGUAAACUAUUAUACUGGAACAAUAUUCAAUAUUAAUAAGACAUUUUAUCUUUAUUCAUUGGAAUUUAUAGUCAUAAGUGCAGUUAUUACGAUUGGGAUAAUCUCACUUCAAUUGUUUAAUGGAAUAAAGAAUUAUAAAGAACAUAAGUUACAAUUAUUUAAAGGUAUAUAUGUAGAUAUUCCACCAGCAGUAAAUUUAAAAUCAAAUACAAUCCUAUUAAAAUCACUUUCAUAUUUUGGUUUUCUUGUUGGUCAUAUGGCAUGUAGUUUUAUAAUAUUUUUUCAUUUGAUUAUUUUCAUAUUUUAUGCAAUUCAUAUAAUAUCUUUACAUAUGCCUUAUAUUGAAUUAUUACUUAAUGUAAUUGUACCUGUAUUUAUUCUUUAUCUAUUAAUAAUGGUUGGUAGAUCUACAGUUGAAAAAUAUUUUUUUAUUCAAAAUAUGAAAGAAGAAAAAGUUUAUGAAAAUUUUCUUUAUUUUUCUUUUAUUAUUGAUUGUUUUCUUGGUUUUGUUUCAUGUAUUAUUCGUUUAAUCAAAGCCAUUUUUCUUAAUAUAAUUUAUAUGUCAAGACUUGAUUGUAGUUUACAUGGAAGAUCAACAGAAAAACUCGAUCUUGGCUUCACUGUAUAUAUCUCAUAUUUACAUAUGGAAGUUGCUCAUACAAAUCCAGUGAUGCUCGCUUUUUGUUCUUUAUUGUACGAUAAUAUCGUUCAACGACGUCCAAAAUUUGAUGAUGACGAUGAAUCAUUAUCGAGAAAAACAAUAGUACAUACACAAAAAGCACGUGGACUUCACGAAAUUAGAAGAUAUAGACAAUCUCGUUUUCGCUGGUUUCUUGCAUAUACUCUAAUACAUAAUCCCUAUUUAUUUGGUCUGAGACACCAAAGAGAAAUAAGUGUUAAUGCCCAACAAGACAAUACAUAUCUUUCUACUGAUGAUAAUUCGCAACGAUUAUUAAAUAACUUACCUUCUCUAUCCACAUUUAAUGUAUCAGAAAUUUAA